CAACAAACGUCCAGCCUUUAACCUCCACCGCUGCUCGGUUUUCUCUCUGACCUGCUCUGAGGUAUCUGACAGGUGUGUUGACCUCUGUCUCUCUGUUUCUUUGUGCUACAGAUCCACGCCCACUACGAGCUGAAGAAGACGUCUCGUCACCGGAGGAACCUGGCCAUCACAGGCGGCGUGGCCCUGUCGAUCAUCACCGCCCCUGUCAUCGCAGCCGUCAGCGUCGGUAUCGGUGUGCCCAUCAUGUUGGCCUACGUGUACGGUGUGGUGCCCAUCUCUCUGUGUCGAGGAGGAGGCUGCGGUGUCAGCAGGGGGAAGGGACGAGGCGUACGCAUCGACUUUGACGAAGACGAUGGUCCAAUCACAGUGGCGGAUGCGUGGCGAGCCCUCAAGUCCCCGAGCCUCGGCGAGAGCAGUCUGGACGGAGCGGUCAGCGGUCUGAGCACCACCUCUCCCAGCGAGGGUCUCUCUGUGGCCCCGGGGACUCUGGGUGACACACCACACUUUAACACCCUGGCAGGUGGAGCUCUGGGAAGCCGCACUGGCAAAUACAGCAGGCUGGAGGUGCAGGCGGGGGAGCUGGCUAAAGAAUCAGCCCAGAGAGAGACAGGCAGCCUGGGAGCAGGAAGCGACUGUGCCAGCACCCGAGGAAUGGCCGGAUCCAUCAUCUCGUCCUACACACUACCUGACAGGUGACACUUCUGUCUUCCUC